AUGGCUUUGGUUGGGGAUCGUGCCUUGCUUGAAAAGCAGGCAGAUCAGGGUCCUGCCCUCCUGGCCACGAGGAAACCCGUUCCCAUGUUCCUUCCCACGAUCGCGCAAUCGAAGCACCAUCUGACAGCUCCAGCAGUUGCAUGUCAGGCACGCUACAUACACCGAGACCAAUGUAUGGUCUACAAUGUGCUUAUCGAGAUGCGACUGAUGUCCUGUUUUGCCAGGUUCGCUGUGGUUCUUGAUCCUGACUGUACGCCUGUUGGGCUUCUCACCGUGGUUGUCGUUACCACGCUGCCGCCGUUGACUGUCAUCGACAGCUUCAUCCUGUGGCGUGGCAUGUCUGCUGCCCGGAUCCAACAUCGGUUCCGGCAAAUGGAUCCCUCUUGUUAUCCUUUUCGAUCACGAGAUGUCUGA